AUGGAUAAAGAAUUCAAUUUCAACCUGGUAGGAGAAAGCAAAGAAAGGUUUUUUGUGAUCAAAAAUCGAUUAUAUCAAAAGUAUUCGUUUCAGAAAAACAGAGAGUUCGGGGAGAUGUGUUCCAGAACAACAACAUUAUAGCGCUGCGCAAGGACCACCAGAAGGAAAUGGAGAAAAGUAUUUUGAUCACCAAAAUUCUAUGUUUAGAAGCUUAUUUUUUUCAGAAAAAAAGAUUCAAACAACAAAAACAUAUUUCGAAAAGUAAUUUCGUCUCUACCAGCUAUGCCAUCUAUGCCAGCUAUGCCAUCUAUGCCAUCUAUGUCAUGGAAACGAACUGAAGUGAGUCAAUUUGAUUUAGAAGAAAAAAGAAGAGAAGCAGAAAGACUCGAAAGACUCAAAAAAUUGGAAGAAAAAACUAUGAAAAAUAAUGCGGAAAGAGAGUAAGAAUGAAUUCGAAUUUCGAUUGAAAAAACAUUUCUAAAUUCAGGCAAAGAUAUCGAGAACACGAUGAAUCAGAUAGAAAACAUGAAGACUCGCAAAGAGAACGUGAAGAAAAUUUCAAGAAAAGAGUACAUGAAAUCGAGCAGGAAAGAACUAAACAACAAAUCGAAACGGAUCGAGAAUUCGAAAAUCGAAUGAAACAAUUGAAUGAGAUAGCUGCUCAAAAUAUUGAAAGGCAAAACGAGGUAAGAUAUAUUGUAAUUAGUGCAAUUCAAUUCAAUUUUUGCAGAGGCAUGCUAGAAUUCUGGAUGAAACUGAAAAGGAAUAUGACUCAAAAAUUGCUUCAAAACAAAGAGAGACUCGAAGGUAUUUCGAAUUUCAUUGAUUCUGAAAUCAAACAUUUUGUGAAGUUCAAUUUCAGUUUUAUCAACUCCAUUCAACAAGCAUCAGAAAGAAAUAGCAAUGAAUCGAAAAUGAGACAACAGCAGACUAUCGAUGAAACUAAUGAACAUUUAAGGUAUGCAUUUUUAUGGGGGGAUUCAGGGGAAAUUCUAAAUCAGCUUUGAAAUCAGCGAACUCUAGAUUUUACGAGCAAAUAUAUUUUUAAUCUAGAUUGGCUGAUGAAAGAAGGAAACAACGUGAGCAAGAAUUGGAAGAAUUGCGCGAGAAAACUAGAAUCGAACUAGAAAAAUCAAGAAUUAUGUGGGAGGAAAGAAAACGACAAUUAGAAGAACAAAUGAAAUAUAUGGAACAAAUGAUGAUUAAACAAUUAUGGAGUAUUCGGUUGGAAAAUCAAUUCACAAAUCGGUUGGAUUUCUUGAGAACAUCGGGAAGAGAAAUUUUGAGAAAUUAUACUGUUCUAAUCGAAACUGUGAGUCAUGAAUAAGGUUUUUCAAAAAAAUAAGCUCAAUCUGUUUCAGUUGAAUAUCGUUAAACGAAGAAAAGCAAAUGGUAAAGAAGUGUCGGAAGAAUUUUACGCUCCAAAAAUUCAAGUUCUUCAAAUAUCUUUGGAAUCUGAAAAGGAACUAAUGCAAAAGGAAUCUGAAAAUAUUGGAAAAAUUUUAUUGAAUGGCCAAUGGGUGUUUUUAUAUCCAGUUAGAGAUUCACUUGAUGACAUAGUGAACUCUUGUGCAAAUUUUAGUAAAGUUUUGUCAGGAGUUGUGAGUUUUUUCGAUUUUUCAAAAAACAAUUUUCGUUUUUUUUUAGAAUCUUCCAAAUUUAUUGAAUUGCAUUGCACAGUUAAAAAAUGCUCAUGAGGAUUUAUGCUCGAAAAUUGACGCGAUCCCAACAUUUGAUCAUUUAAAGAAAACAAAUAAUCAAUUCUCAAAUCUGGCUAUGAUUGAAGAUGAGCCAAGUCAAUUCAAAAUUGAAGAAAUCGAAUAA